AUGACAACUGUGAGUCAUAAAACCUCACUAUUAGAACAACUUCAAUUAUCACCAUCGAGAUCAUCGAGUCAUCUUGAUCAUCAUCACCACAGCAUGAACACCAUCAUUCAUAAUUGUGAAAUGACUCACACGAGGAGCUGCUCUCAAGCCAAUUUGUUUCCAAACAUGGUGAGUUGUUCUUCCUCUUCACCCAUGCUGAAUUUGGACGUCCAAGAUUUUAUCACUUGUUACAUGAAAAUGAUGAUGAAUAGAAAUGAUCAUUUCACACCCUUGUUGGUGAAUCAUGAUGAUGAGAAUUCUCAACAACCACAGCUACAAGAGAUGGAAUGGAUGAAUGUACAUCAUUCAUUGAAACAAGAUCAUUCUAAGGAAUAUCAAGAUGAGAAGCCUCAACGUUUUGAAAUCCACAACGAGGAGAAGGAUGAGGAGUUUAACAUGAUGCAUUCCUGUCCAAUCUCAUCACCACCACCACUAUUACCACCACACUCAACCAUGAUGAUUCAUCACACACCCACCUUACCUCUAUCACUACCACCUACAAAUGAAAUGAAUACAACAACAAUAUCCACAUCAAAAAGAACAAAUCGCUCUCGUCUGAAAUCCUCAUGCUGCUCUAAAAAAAAGAAUUCGAACCACAAGGGAAUUUCAAAACCCUCAAAAUUAGUUUUAUACAAAAAGAAACAUCAACCAGAUCAGAAUUCAUCACUUUCCAUACAUACUCAUUCAUCCAAUCAUUCAACUACUAAAUCAUUAGCAUCGUCAGUAGUUCCCAAAAUUGAAUCCAUGCAAUUUACAUUCCCAUCAUGGACGUUCCAUCUUCUCAAUACCACCACACCCGAUGAAGGAGAAACUCAUUCACCAACUUGUUGUAAAACCUUGUCAAAUUCAUCACAAAAAUUACCAGGAUUAUCACCUUCUUCAUCGACCAACAAUGUCGUCAAGUUUAAAGCACAAAAGAUUUCUCCCUAUCACACCUUGUAG